AUGUCUUUUUGCCACAAUAUAAUUAAUAUUUCCUGUGUGAAAAGCAGCAGGUCGAAUGAUGUCCGUGCUUCCCUGUAUAGUUUAAUGGUGCUCAUAAUUCUGACCACACUCAUUGGCAAUCUGAUAGUCAUUAUUUCCAUAUCACACUUCAAGCAACUUCAUACCUCAACUAAUUGGCUCAUUCAUUCCAUGGCCACUGUGGACUUUCUGCUGGGGUGCCUGGUCAUGCCCUAUAGCAUGGUCAGAUCUGUUGAGCAUGGCUGGUACUUUGGAGAAGUCUUCUGUAAAAUUCACACCAGCACUGACAUUAUGCUGAGCUCAGCAUCCAUUUUCCACUUGUCCUUCAUUUCCAUUGACCGCUACUAUGCUGUGUGUGAUCCAUUGAGAUACAAAGCCAAAAUCAGUAUCUUGGUUAUCUUUGCGAUGAUCUUCAUUAGUUGGAGUGUUCCUGCUCUUUUUGCAUUUGGAAUGAUUUUUCUGGAGCUAAACUUCAAAGGAGCUGAAGAGAUGUAUUAUAAAUACAUUCACUGCAUAGGGGGUUGCUCCGUCUUCUUUAGCAAAACAUCUGGGGUACUGGCCUUUAUGACUUCUUUCUAUAUACCUGGAUCUAUUAUGUUGUGUGUCUAUUCCAGAAUAUAUUUCAUAGCUCAGAGACAGGCAAAAUCAAUUCAUGAUGCAAAUCAGAAGUUUCAAAUUGGAUUGGAAGAAAAAAAUGGAAUGUUACAAAGCAAAGAAAGGAAAGCUGCAAAGACUUUAGGGAUUGUGAUGGGAGUUUUCCUAAUAUGCUGGUGUCCUUUCUUUGUCUGCAUGGUCAUGGAUCCUUUCCUGGACUAUAGCAUUCCACCCACAUUGAAUGAUGCAUUGAUUUGGUUUGGGUACUUGAACUCUACGUUCAAUCCAAUGGUUUAUGCUUUUUUCUAUCCUUGGUUCAGAAAAGCACUGAAGUUGAUUCUAUUUGGUAAAAUUUUCCAAAAAGAUUCGUGUAGGUAUAAACUAUUUUUAGAAUCACAUCCAUAG